AUGGAGGCGCCGUUUGAGACGGUUGACAAGUUCGAGUCGUCGGACAGUAGCACGCUAGCCGUGGCUUCGGAUCUGGUCGGGACACUGUUGCGGUCACGCAGCUCGUUCCCAUACUACGCGCUGGUGGCGUUUGAGGCCCACGGCUUAGCAAGGCUGCUGCUCCUGUUACUCCUCGCGCCUCUCGCGGUGGCGCUGGAGUAUGCCGUUUCGGAGGAUGCCGGAGUGAAGGUGCUCGUCUUCGCAACCACGGCAGGCGUGCGGAUGUCGGUAAUUGAGUCAGCUGCGCGCGCCGUUCUGCCGCACUUCUUUGCUACCGAUGUCCAUCCGGGAUCAUGGAGAGUGUUUUCGGCAUGCGCGCGGCAACGCGUCGUGCUCACGGCCAUGCCGCGGGUCAUGGUGGAGCCGUUCCUCAAGGAGUGCCUUGGCGCCGACACUGUGGUGGGCACCGAGCUCUCCACAUGGCGUGGGCUGGCCACAGGGAUGGUGGACGCCCACCGUGGGGUGCUUGCCGGAACCCGCAAAGCCGAGGCAUUGCGGCAGAUCUUCCACGACGGUGAUAUGCCAGACGUCGGUCUUGCCAACCACGGCUCCGACCACCCAUUCCUUAGCAUAUGCAAGGCAGCAUACAUCUUAAAGGCGGCUCCAGUGGAGGCCGUGAACAUGAACCAGCUGCGGAAACCGGUCAUCUUCCACGACGGCCGCCUCGUGCCCCAUCCAACCCCUCUCGUCGCUCUACUCAUCCUGCUGUGGUUCCCGGUCGGAUUCAUGCUCGCCUGCCUCCGCAUCGCUGCCGGCGCUCUACUACCCAUGUCAUGGGUCUACUAUGCUUUCUGGGCGCUGGGCGUGCGCGUGGUAGUCAGAGGCACGCCCCCAUUACAGGCGCGCCGUUCGACGGGGCGCAAGGGGGUGCUGUUUGUUAUGUCGCACCGUACGCUGCUUGACCCAAUCUUCCUCUCGGCUGCUAUCGGCCGGCCGGUUGCGGCUGUCACCUAUUCGCUCUCUCGGCUCUCUGAAUUCCUGUCGCCGAUCAGGACAGUACAACUCAGCCGCAAUCGUGCAACAGAUGCCGCCAUGAUCAAGAGGCUCAUAGCGGAUGGCGACCUCGCCAUUUGCCCCGAGGGGACGACAUGCCGGGAACCCUUCCUUUUGAGGUUCUCAGCGUUAUUCGCUGAGCUUACCGACGAGGUGGUGCCGGUGGCGAUAGAGGCCCAUAUGGGUAUGUUCCACGGCACGUCCGCGAGGGGUUGGAAGGUUAUGGAUCCCUUCUACUUCUUCAUGAACCCAUGUCCAAUGUACACGGUAACAUUCCUGAGCAAGCUACCCACGGAGCAUACAUGUGGCGGCGGAGGCAAGUCCAGCCACGAGGUGGCCAACUACAUACAACAGCUCAUUGGUGCCACACUCUCCUAUGAGUGCACAAGCCUCACAAGGAAGGACAAGUACAUGGAACUCGCAGGCAAUGAAGGCGUCACCGCUGUCAAGUCACCGACACUGCCUGACAGUUAUGGCGUCGUUGCUGUCAAUCCUGAAGAGCGUCGUAAGAGGUCUUGCAUUUAUUUGGUCUAUAAACCUCAAUUUUAAAUUGUUAAUACUUACUCGUAAUAUGUACUAAAAUAAUUCCUCGCACUCUUUAGUACACAAGUCCCAUAAAAAUAUGUACUCCAAGCCUGUCAUAAGGGAGUAUGAUAGA